AUGGCCUUGAACGAUAAUCCUAUACCCAAGUCAGUUCCUCUACACCCAAAAUCAGGUAAGUACUUCCAUAAUUUACAUGCCCGAGACUUAUCAAAUAUAUAUCAACAAUGCUACAAACAAAUUGAUGAGACCAUAAAUCAAUUAGUGGAUUCUACAUCUCCUUCCACCAUCGGCAUUGAAGAGCAGGUCGCAGAUAUUACUAGCACCUACAAACUCCUCUCGACAUACGAAUCGGAAUCCAACUCAUUUGACGAACAUAUUAAAGAUUUAAAAAAAAAUUUCAAACAAUCCUCAGAUGCCUGUCCGCAAAUCGACCUUUCUACCUGGGAUAAAUAUCGUACCGGAGAACUCACCGCUCCCAAAUUAUCUGAAUUAUAUCUAAAUAUGCCCACACCAGAGCCUGCAACCAUGGUUAAUAACACAGAUACACUCAAGAUACUAAAAGUGUUGCCGUACAUAUGGAAUGAUCCAACUUGUGUAAUACCGGAUCUGCAAAACCCCGCAGACGAAGACGAUCUACAAAUAGAAGGUGGUAAAAUUGAAUUGACUUGUCCUAUCACCUGCAAACCUUACGAAGCACCAUUGAUAUCAAGAAAAUGUAAUCACGUCUUCGAUAGAGACGGCAUUCAAAACUAUUUACAAGGAUACACGACAAGAGAUUGCCCGCAAGCAGCGUGUUCUCAAGUCGUUUCAAUGAGGGAUUUUGUAAGAGACCCUAUUAUGGAACUAAGGUGUAAGAUCGCCAAGAUGAAAGAAUCUCAGGAACAGGAUAAAAGAAGUAGUCAAGCCAUCGAUGUUUUAUGA